AUGUUUGGUUACGGCGUUUCGAGAGGUCAGAAGUGCAGACCCGCUAGGCCGGUGAAGCUUCUCCUACUCGGCGAUUAUGCGGUGGGCCUUGAGCUGCACCGAACCAUCCCUGAAGCUUACUACCGGAACACACAUGGCAUCAUGCUAUUAUAUGACAUCACCAGCCGGUUAUCUUUCAAUAAUGUCAGAGCGUGGAUGAGGAGCGUUGGGGAGCAUUCACCUCAAGGGGUGCGAGUGCUUCUCGUGGGCACCAAGGCCGAUAUGGACGACCAACGGGCUAUCAGCAAGGAAGAAGGGCAGCAACUAGCCAAUGAAUUGGAUGCACACUUCUUUGAGACUUCAGCCAAAACAGGUAUAGAUGUGGAUGCGGUGUUUGAACACAUUGCAAGGGAAGGCAAACAGCAAUAUGAUAAAACAAACUCUCUGCAUAUGGAGGCAUCAAGCUGUGUUGAUCUUGAACAAAAUUCCGUCAUCAUGGCUUCCGAGCUUGAUCAGUCCCUCGACGAUAUCAUCAAGUCUAAGAAGUCGUCUGGUCGCGGCGGCAGCCGAGGGGGACGCGGAUCCGGAUCUGGUAGGGGCUAUGGUCCUGUUCGCAGAUCUGGACGAGGCGGAUUUCGAUCAACACCAUAUGGCCAGCCUGCUACCAUGGUAACUGACGGUGCCUGGCGACACGACAUGUACGAUGCUGGCGCAGUUGCUGUUCCGGUAGCCGGACGUGCCGCAGGACAAGGCAUCGAGACAGGGACAAAGCUGUAUGUGUCGAAUCUGGACUACGGCGUGUCGAACGACGACGUUAAGGAACUCUUUUCGGAAAUUGGAGAGCUCAAGCGCUUCUCGGUUCACUAUGACAGAAGUGGGCGAUCUAAGGGCACAGCGGAAGUUGUGUUCGCACGGAAAGCAGAUGCCUUGGCAGCCAUGACCCGGUACAACAACGUUCAGUUGGACGGGAAACCUAUGAAGAUUGAGCUCAUCGGUUCCACCGUUGCUCCUGCUGUUCCUCCUGUCGCGAGGGUGGCAGUUGCACCAGCCAUUGUCGCGCCGUUUGGCUUUCCCGCAGGGGGUGGUGGGUUUGGUGGACGAGGCCGAGGUGGAAGAGGAGGUGCUCGGGGGCGGGGCAGGGGGAGAGGCAGAGGCAGGAAGUCAGAGGCUCCCAAGACCCAAGAGGAGCUUGAUGCAGAGCUUGACCAGUACAACGCUAAGAAGGACACUAUGCAGUCUUGA